AUGGCAAGAGCUGAUAAUGCUUCAAUGGAAGUUCAGCCAGCUCAACCCAAGAAGGGAAUUUUACAACUGGGGAACACCGACGCCUCAUUAGUUGAGCAAAAGGUGAUUUCACAGCAGUUGGCCAGUCUGAACGCCAAGCUAGAUAGAAUGCAGAUCUCAUCUAAAGUUAAUGUAUUCAACUGUGAGUACUGCAAAGAGCCACAUGAGACUAAUGAGUGCCCUACAUUCAAUGGAGCUGAACCAUUCCAAGUCAAUGGAGUGUGGUAUGAUCCAAGGCCACCACAGGAUACCCAAAAGCCAUCCGAAUUGGAGAAAACAAUGAUACAACUGGCCAAGACCACUAAUGAUCAAAUAAUUGAGACAAGAGCCUACCACAAGAACCAGGAUGCUUCCAUCCGAAACUUGGAGAGUCAAAUAGGCCAGUUGUCUAGGCAGUUGGCUGAAAGAGCUCAAGGACAGUUCCCAGGAGAUACAAUUGUGAAUCCAAAGGCAGACUGCAAGUCCAUUGUGACUAGGAGUGAAAUUUUAAUCACUCCUCAAGAAAAACCAAAAUCGGUUCAGCAUGAGAAAGAAGAAGAAGCACCUGCCAGUGAAAAAGAAGAACCUGCAAGGCAAGACAAAGUAGAAGCAAAGAAGAAAGUUGUGGAAGCUCCAAAGCAACCGAUGGAUUUUUCUCGUUUUGAAAAACCUCCUUAUCCUAUGAAGCUCAAGCAACAAGCCCAGAAGCAACAAUAUGCCUGGUUCUUAGAUAUAUUUAAAAAGUUACAAAUUAAUAUUCCUUUUGCUGAGAAGAAGUUCCCACCAAAGCUUCAAGAUCCUGGGAGUUUCAACAUCCCAAUUGCGGUAGGCAACACUAAUGUUGGUCGGGCACUGUGUGAUCUCGGCGCAAGCAUCAACUUGAUGCCAUUAUCAAUAUGCAAGUCAUUGGGAAUUACUGAGUUGAAGCCAACCAUGGUCUCUCUACAGCUCGCUGACCGUUCUUUGAGGAGACCUAAUGGAAUCAUAGAAGAUGUUCUUGUUAAGGUUGACAAGUUCAUCUUCCCGACUGAUUUCAUCGUGCUAGACAUGGAGGAAGAGAGUGAAAUGCCCCUUCUGCUGGGUAGAUUGUUCUUGGCCACAGCUCGAGCUAUGAUUGAUGUAGAACAAGAAAAGCUCGAGUUGAGGAUGAAUGAUGAGAAAAUCACUAUCAAUGUUUUCGAUGCUAUGAAGAAUCCCUCUUAUCAUAGUGAUUGUUUCAAAAUUGAAGUGUUUGAAGAGGUGGUUAUGGAAGAGAAAAGUGAUUAUCAAGAGCUUGAAGAAGAGUUGAAGGCUCUAGAUGAAGCUGCUCCAAAAGAAGAGCGAGCAAUUGUCUUUGAGGUACUAGAAAAGAAAGAAGAUGACUCAGCUACAUUGGUACCAAAGGUGGAAUUAAAAGAUUUGCCUGAAACUCUUAAGUAUGCUUUCUUGGGAGACGAAGAACAAUAA